UGUACGUUUUUCUUUCCAAUCAAUGAAAGCAAGAAGCAUUAAUCAGAAAUCUGACAUGGUAUCAGAGCUCCUCUGAGCGUUUUUCUGCGACUCUCUUUCUCGCUUCCGCAUCUCUCUUUCUUCUUCUGAGUUGUUCUUGAGUUCGUUCAUCAAUGGCGAUUCACGAUUCUUCUUCUUCCGGCGACGAAGCCACAAAUCCUCACACUGGAGGUCGCCAGAGCAAUUCUGGUGUGAUCUUGUACAAAGGCGUCUCGAUCUCUGAUCCCGCCUCUCCAUUCUUCAUUCAUCCAUCGGAGAAUUGGGGUCAAUGUCUAGUUUCUCAGCUGCUUACUGAGAACAACUUCUCCAGCUGGGAAAGGUCGAUGGUUCUAGUUAUCGACGGCAAGAACAAAUUAGGGUUCCUCAAUGGCAAAAUCCCGCAGCCUGAUGAUGAUUCUCCACUGCUCGAGCCUUGGAAUCGCAACAACAAACUGCUCCUCAGCUGGAUUCAGCGUUCUGUUAAUCCAACGAUUGCAGAGAGUAUCCUGUAUGUCACUACCGCCAUUGGUGCCUGGACUGAGCUGCGUGAGCAAUUCUCGCAGGGAGAUUCUUUUCGCAUAGCCGACCUUCAAGAAGCUAUCUUCAAUCUCAAACAAGGUACCAUGAGCAUCUCUCAGUACUAUUCUAAGCAAAGAGCAUUAUGGGAUCAGCUGGCAAACUAUCGCUUUAUUCCGGAUUGUGAUUGUGGACUCACUUGUCACUGUGUUCUAGCUUCUUUAAGGAAAGACUAUAUGAAUGACAAAGUGAUUAGAUUUCUGCACAACCUGAAUGAUAGUUUCAAUGGACCUCGAUCCACAGUUAUGCUCUUAGAGCCUUUACCUCCAAUCAACAAGGUGUUUGCCAUGAUGGUUCAACACGAAAGGGAGAAUGGUCUGUUACCUAAGCCUCAGCCUCAUCCUAAUCCUGAUUCUGCCUCAGAGAGCAUGGCAUUCUUUACUAAGGCAUCAGGGUCACACUUAGGGGUUCAGGGGGCUGGUCAGGGAUUCAAGAAACAAGGAAAGAAACCUGUUUGCACGUUCUGUGGCUAUACUGGACAUACUGAAGAUGUCUGCUACAAAAAGAAUGGCUAUCCGCCAGGUUAUCAGUCCAAGAAAAGGCAACAAAAUCCCAGGCAGGCAAACAGUGUCUCUACUGAUAUGCCUUGUUCCAAUGGAUCUAUUGUGAUCAAUCAAUCUGACUGGCAAAGCUUUCAGCAGCAGUAUCAGAAGAUGAUGAGUUUCAUGGCUCCACAACUGCAGCAACAUAACCAGCAGAAUAAUCAAACUCAUUCUCAGAAUCAGUUCACUACUCAGCAGCAUUAUCCUCCAGCACCAGCUGCCUUUUCUGAUGCUUACAAUGCCAACAACCCCUCUCAUUAUUCAGCUUCCAAUGAUAGUGAUGGUUCUGGCCAGCAUCACAUAAUCAGUCGUGCUAAUGCUGUUGCUUCUCAAGCUUUUGGCAACCCUGAUUCCACAGGUACACCUCAUUAUGCUCUUAAUAUCAAUUGCCAUAUUCAGAACAAAUGGAUUUUAGAUACAGGUGCAACUGAUCACAUCAUUUGCUCUUCUGCUCACUUUUUGCACUCUAAACUUGUUACUAAUGUCUAUGUUCAUAUGCCUAAUGGUACUAAGGUAGCUGUUACUGCCAUAGGUGUUGUUAAAUACUCAGAACAUCUCACAUUGACUGAAGUUUUAUUAGUUCCUGCCUUUAGUUUCAAUCUGGUCUCAGUAAGUAAACUUGUCAGAAGCUCAACCAUUUGCUUAUGGUUUCACUACUCCUUAUGCUUCAUACAGGCUUACCCCAGUUUGACAAUGAUUGGAACAGCUAGUCUGAUCGAUGGUCUUUACCUUCUCCAUCCUCCUUCUCAGACUAAACAGCUUCAACAUACUCUUCAGCUCAACACUAAGCCAGCUUACCCUUCCAGAAUAGCCUAUUCUUCCUCUAAAUCAAGCAUAGACAUAUGGCAUUAUCGCCUUGGUCACAUUCCAGCUUGUAAAAUCUCUCAAUUUCAAAACAUUGAUAGCAGCAUUUCUGCACAUUCUGAUUUUCAUUGUACUGUUUGUCCCAUGGCAAAACAGAAGAGACUACCCUUUCCUACUAGUACAAGUAAAUCAGUAGCUCCAUUUGACCUUAUCCAUGUUGAUAUUUGGGGUAAUGCCCCUAUUCUUUCUUUACAAGGACAUGCUUAUUUCCUCACUAUUGUAGAUGAUUUCACUCGUCAUACAUGGAUAUUCACCAUGAAACACAAAUCAGAGGCUCGUCCUAUUAUAAUAAACUUCUUUGCUUUCAUUGAAACUCAGUUUAAAACUACUAUUAAAACCAUUAGAACUGAUAAUGGUCUUGAGUUUCAUAUCCCUGAUUUCUAUAACUCAAAAGGAGUUAUACAUCAAACCACCUGUGUCUAUACUUCUCAACAGAAUGGUAUAGUUGAAAGAAAGCAUCAGCAUAUUUUAGCUGUUACACGUGCUUUACUCUUUCAAGCAUCUUUACCUUCUAAAUUCUGGAACUUUGCUGCAAUGCAUGCAGUUCACCUCAUCAACAGAACACCAUCAAACCUUCUGCAAAAUUCUACCCCUUAUGAGAAGUUACAUGGUGUUCCAUCAAGUCUUUCUCAUCUUAAAGUUUUUGGCUGCCUCACCUAUGCAGCAACAAUUCAAGCAACAAGAAAUAAACUUGAUCCUAGGGCACAAUCCUGCAUUUUCCUAGGACAUCCCCAUGGAACAAAAGGCUUCAGAUUAUACAAUCUGGCAACUCACAGCAUUCUUAUUUCCAGAGAUGUUUCAUUUCAUGAAACCAUCUUCCCAUUUAAACUACAAAAUCAACCAUUUGACAGUUCACUUCCUUUACCUGUCUUUCCACCUGUCUAUUCAGACUUGGACUUUGAAAAAGCUCACACUGAGUUUUCUUCUGAAGUUCCUCACUCAACUGCUCCACCAUCAGUUCCCUUGCACCAUUCCAUCUCUGAGAUGUCUUCAACAGCACCAGUAGCUGCACAACCAUCUACUGCUCCUAUUGAUUGCUCUCAGUUAAGGAGAUCAACUAGACAAAUAAUCAAGCCUGCUAAAUUCAAAGAUUACAAAUGUAAUCUAACCAGCCAGGCAACUCUAUUUUCCAAAACCAGAUAUCCAAUACAAGCAAUGCUUUCAUACAGUUCUCUAAGCACUUCCCACAGAAAGUUUGCUUUAGCCAUUACACAGGUCAGGGAACCUAGAACAUACAAAGAAGCUGCUAAAUCACAUGAAUGGUUACAGGCAGUCAACUCUGAGUUUGCUUCACUUGAAAAGACCAAAACUUGGGUCCUUGUAGAUCCUCCUCCUAAUGUUCCUAUAAUUGGCAACAAAUGGGUUUUUCGUUUGAAGUUUAAACAAGAUGGUACAAUUGAUAAGUACAAAGCUAGGUUAGUAGCAAAAGGCUACACACAAACACCUGGAGUUGACUACUUAGAUACAUUCUCCCCUGUAGUUAAAAUGACAACAGUAAGGGUCAUUUUGGCUUUAGCUGCUAUACACAAAUGGCAUCUAGAACAGUUAGAUGUCAAUACAGCUUUCCUUCAUGGUGACCUCAAUGAAGAGGUCUACAUGAAACUGCCACCAGGUCUUCCUGUACAUCCAGAUGACAAAAAUAAAGUCUGCAAAUUAACUAAAUCCCUUUAUGGACUUAAGCAAGCAAGUCGUCAAUGGUUUGCCAAGCUUGCUGCUACUCUGGAAAGCUUAGGAUAUCAGAAAUCCCACUGUGAUUACUCUUUGUUUACUAAACAACAUAAUCAAUCAUUUACUGCUCUUCUUGUAUAUGUCGAUGAUAUCAUCCUAACUGGUAAUAACAUGGAGGAAAUUAAACAUGUAAAGCAUCAGUUAGAUUUGGCCUUUACAAUAAAAGACCUUGGUCCUCUCAAAUAUUUUCUUGGCAUGGAAGUUUCAAGGUCUGAUAGUGGUAUUCACUUGUGUCAAAGGAAGUAUACAUUAGAUUUAUUGUCUGAUACAGGGUUUUUAGCUUCUAAACCAGCUACUACACCAUCUAUCCCUGCUACACACUUGUCUGCUCAUGAUGGCACACCCCUUAAUGAAUCAGAUCAUAGUAGUUACAGGACUUUACUUGGUCGUUUUCAAUAUCUUUGCACUACAAGACCAGAUAUUUGCUACACUGUAAAUCAGUUAAGCCAAUUCGUUGAUUCCCCCACCACUGUCCAUGAACAGGCUACUCACCGGUUGCUGCGCUAUUUGAAAACCACUCCUGCUCGUGGCCUCUUCUUUCCAUCCAACUCUUCUCUUCGUCUCACUGCUUUUUCAGACUCUGACUGGGCUGGUUGCCCUGAUACUCGCAGAUCAGUGACAGGCUUUUGUGUUUUUUUAGGUGGUUCUCUCAUCAGUUGGCGCUCCAAGAAGCAGCACACAAUUUCCAGAUCAUCAGCUGAAGCAGAAUACCGAGCCUUGGCAGACACUUCUCAAGAACUCCAGUGGAUGACAGCUCUAUUCAAGCAGCUCCCAGUGCAACCUCAGCAGCCCUACACAAUCUACUGCGACAGUCUCUCUGCAGUAAAGAUGACGCAGAAUCCAGUUCAACAUGAACGUACAAAACAUAUCGAAGUAGAUUGCCACUUUACCAGAGAUCAAGUCCUUGCCAACAAACUAAAAGUGCAGCACAUCUCUACCACUCUCCAACUUGCGGAUCCAUUCACCAAAGCUCUGCCAGUUCAUACUUUUGUUGAACUAGUUUCCAAGCUUAACCUGAAAUCUAUUCACGUUUAGCUUGAGGGGGGGUAUUAGAGAUACAAUGUACUAAAUUGUAAGAAAUGAAACUCUACAUAGAUAGAUUGUAAUUAGGAUAGGUACUGUUAUGUAAUUUGACUAGGUUAGUUAGCUGUUUCCUACUUAUCAGGAGAACAGAGUAUAAAACCAGAAACUCCAGCUGGUUCAUGUACGUUUUUCUUUCCAAUCAAUGAAAGCAAGAAGCAUUAAUCAGAAAUCUGACAAGAUUGGCAAGUUAGGAUUACUCAUGUUUAUCGCGAGGCGAACGUAGUCGCUGACUACCUCGCAAAUUUAGGACAUUCUCACGCGAUAGGGGUUUAGGCCAUUGCGGCACCGAUGCUUCUCUUUCUUAUUAGUUGUCCCAUGACGUUGCUGGGGUUCAAGCAGCCUGUUUUGUUGUUGAAUAAAGGUUGAGGCACCCUUUAAGCGCACCGUUUCUCACAAAAAAAAAGGGUUAAUACCAUUGGGAAACCCAAACUAUAAAGAAAGUGGUGUUCCGAAU